AUGGCUGUACUCGACUGCACGAACGAACAGAAGCUCCAUUAUGCUGCUUUCAAGAUGACUGGAGAGGUAAAGCGCUGGUGGCUUUCUACAAAGCUACUAGAGGAUCAGAAGCUGGGGGAUAUGACAGUUGUGGAGUAUGCGGCUAAAUUUUUGGAAUUGUCGCGUUUCGCUCCAUUCUUGAUCCCAAAUGAGAUAAGGAAAGUUAGGAAAUUUAAGAAAGGCAUAAGACGUAGAAUCUAUGAGGUGGUGGUCGGGUUUCAAGUCCAAAGUUUUUUAGAACUAAUUGAUAAGGCGUCGGUGUUGGAGAAGAGUAUCCAAAGCAGCACUAAGUCUUUAGAGCAUAAGAAGAGACCUACACCACCUAGUUUUCAAUCUGAGGUCAGUCAAGGAUCAGGGAAGAAAGGAAAAGAAGCAGUGGGCUCUGUAUGCCUGAAGUGUAAUAAAAGGCAUAGGGGCGAAUGCUGGUUUGGCACUUCGAAUUGUUACAAGUGCGGUAAGCCAAGGUAUUUUAGGAAAGAUUGCCGGGAGCCGUUGUCUAUGGUAUCUGUGUAG